GGAUGAUGUAAUGUAAAAAUUUGAAAUAAUAUAAAAAAAUUAAAAUUCUAAUAAUGUAUUUUAAAUGAUACGAACACGACUCUUUUCUAACCCGUAAAAAAAUCUUAAGUCGGGUUCAUAUCGUGACCUGAAUUAUCACCCCUAAUUCAGCUCCAUGAGUUUAUUGUCAUCAUUUAUGGUUUGGUGUAGCUCUAAUAAUAAUAAAUAAUAGUAAUUGAGUGGUAGGGUCACAUGAUGGUCACGUGGGGCAUUAAUAAUAAAAAGGCGCCAUGCUCUGAAAUUGAAAAUGGUUUGAAUUCAUUUCUAUUAAUCUUGGUUUUCAAGUCAAGAAAAUAUCAAUAUAUGUAUGGAUACCCAUUUCUAUAUUCAAAGCCAUUUUUGUGAAUUUUUCUGUUAAAUCAGGUGACUAUUACUUCUGUCAGACUCUAAAUCUAACCCACACCACAAUACUUCCUUUUUUUUAACCUUUAUUAUUCUUUCUUCACCAACAGAAAAAAGAACCAUUUUUCCCAUUUGAAUUUCAAAUAAAUAAACAAGAACAAAAAAAAAAAAAACAAAACUUUAGCUUUCUCUUUGGUUUUACCAAAAAAUAAAUAAUAAUAAAGACAACACAUAGAAAACUUUUAUAUAAGAAUCUCUCUUCAUUUCAAAACUUUUGUAUUCAUUCCUAUCUGGGUUUUCUUAGUUUUUGUUAAAACAACAAAAAACAAAAUGUAUCCAAGAGUGAAGGUGAGAGUAGAAGAGUUUAAAGAACAAGAAGAAUGUCUUUCUCCACAAACUCAACAAGAAAAGGAAAAUCAGAGUAGUGUUUCACCAUUACUGCCAAUUGCCAGAAUUUUGAAGGAUUAUGUGCUAAACUCAACCAUGGAUUUGAAUAAUUCUGCUCCUAAAGUUGAGCAAAAGAGAGGUGUUGUGAAGGAAUCAAAGCCAAAUCUUAAAGCUAGCCUUGUUUCAAGGCCUCGUGCUGUCUUAUCGAGCCCCGAUAAUGAUGGGUUGAUUGGAAGUAGAAACAAGUUGGUGAAUGAAAGAAGUUCAACUCCCAAAAUGCAUAAGAAAGUAACUACUGCAGUUGCUAGAAUUAGGACAAUUCCAAUUGAAGAGGUAAAAAAACCAAAUUGGGUUCUAAAGACUUGUUCCGAUAAUAAAGGGUUUAAAAAUCAGAAUCCGAACCAAAAUCAGAACCAGAAGCAAAAACAGAAGAAGGUUCAAGAACAAGAACCUGUGUUGAGAACAAGCCAGAAAAAAAGGAUUUUAAAGAGAGUUGCCAAACCAAAUCAAGCUUAGUUUGAUGUAAUACUUGUUCAAUUAAUUAAUUAAUUACUCUUUUAUUGUACUUGUUAUGAUCAGUUUGUAUGUUGGUUUGGCUUGUUGCUGAUAUAUAAAUAUAUAUUUUUAAAAAAUUGGUGCAUGUGGUGCUAAUCUUUGACCAAUCAUAAUCAAUAAGUAAAAUUUUAACAGUAUGUUUUUUUGGGUAAGGAUAUUUUCAAGAAUAUUUUGGUUACAUUUAAAUAUGAUUUUGGGUAAAUACUAUUUUGGACCCUGUAUUUUGCAAAAGUUAUAAAUUGGACCCUGUGUUUUGUUAAAUGACAAAAUGAACCCUCUAUUUUCUAAAAUAGUAAAAAUAGGACCCUGAGCUUAAUUUUUGACAACUUUUUUUUAAUACAACCAACUUGAAGACAAUGCUUAAUACGAACAGAUACAAAAAAAUGUAAACAGUUUUGUCAUAGCACUUUUAGAUUGGAUUAUAAUUAAACUUUAUUUUGACAAAAAAUCAAUUCAGGGUCCUAUUUGUACUAUUUUAGAAAAUACAGGGUCCAUUUUGUCAUUUAACAAAAUACAGGGUCCAAUUGGUAACUUUUGUAAAACAGAGGGUCCAAAAUGGUAUUUACCCUAUGAUUUUCGCACUCAACUAAAUUUUUAUUAAUGAUUUUUUUUUUUUUUUGUAAUUAAUUAAUGAUUAAUUUAUGAAGAAUAAAGUUUUGUAGGGUAAUAAUGAAAUGGAAAGAAUUUGGGACCUUUUAGACUUAAUUGUAUUUUUCAAAACUCAAAUGUAUUUCCCAACUUAAAUGGAAAGUUGAUAAAAACUAUAUAAAUAAAGUUCAUUGAGUUUUACAAAAAUUCAAAAUACCCUAAAAUUUAAUUGAUUACUAUUAAUAAAAUUACAUGAUUUA